AUGACGAGUGAAUCAGCAGAUUUGGCUGUUUGUGUAAAAGAUGCCUGGAAAAGUUAUGGUCAUUGGUGGAAAUCAAUAACAGUUUUACAUGAUAUAAAUGUUAAUGUUCCAACAGGAAUAAUAUAUGGUUUAUUGGGUCCAUCGGGAUGUGGAAAAACAACUCUUUUACGAUGUAUUGUUGGACGUUUAGAAUUACAUCGUGGUGAAAUAGUUGUAUUUGGUAGACGACCAGGUACUCAUGGACAUGAAGUUCCUGGUCGAGCAGUCGGUUAUAUGCCACAAGAAACAGCACUUUAUAGAUAUUUUUCAAUAUCAGAAAUGCUUCAUUAUUUUGGUCGUCUUCAUAAUAUGAAGCGAAAAGAUAUUUUAUCACGAGAAGAAUUUCUUACUUCAUUUCUUGAUUUACCUGCAAAAUCAAAACAAGUUUCACAAUUAAGUGGUGGUCAACAACGUCGUGUAUCAUUAGCAUGUGCUCUUCUUCAACAACCUCAAUUAUUAAUUCUUGAUGAACCAACUGUUGGAGUUGAUCCAUUACUUCGAGAAAAAAUAUGGAGUCAUCUUAUAAAUAUAUCUCAAACAUUUAAAACAACAAUAAUAAUAACAACUCAUUAUAUCGAGGAAGCAAGAAAAGCUGAUCGAGUUGGACUUAUGCGAAGUGGAAGAAUGUUAGCCGAAGAUAAACCAUCUGCUCUUUUAAAUAGAUACAAUCAAACUAGUUUAGAAAGUGUUUUUCUUCAAUUAUGUUUUCAAGAUCAAAAUCGUAUUCAACAACAAAUUGCAAUGAAUAAUAACGAUGGUGACAGAGAUACUGAUAUAGCCAGUGAAAUUGACAAUCCAGAUUUACCUACUACUUCUAUUUCUGUAUCAAGCAAUACAAGUGAUCGAAAGCUUCUAAUACCGGACAACCAAGAAAACAAAAUUAGAAAAAAUUCUUUAAUAUAUGCAAAACAAAUUGCAGCUGAUUAUUUUAAAUUUCCUCAUAUGCAUAAAAUUUAUGCAUUAAUGUUGAAAGAUGUAACAGUAAUUAAAAGAACUAUCGGUUUGUUGUUGUUUCAGUUUUUAAUUCCUGUUAUCCAAGUUUCACUUUUUUGCCUUUGUAUUGGACGCAAUGCUGAACAUAUUUCAAUGGCACUUUAUAAUGGUGAAGCAGUAAAUGGAUUUCCAACAGGAAAUUUAAGUUUACAACUUUUAAAUAAAAUAAAUUCUGAACAAAUUCAUUUUACAUCAUUUAACGAUUUUGAUAAAGCAAUUGAUCUUGUUAAACAAGGACAGUAUUGGGGUGCUGCGGCUAUUCAAUACAAUUUCACACAAGCAAUCAAAAAUAAAUUAUUUGCAUUUCGGACAGAUCCAGCUACGUUAAAUGCAUCAUCGCUUCAUCUUUAUCUUGAUAUGACGAAUCAACAAGUAUCAUUAACAAUGCAAAGUGUUCUAGUAAAUAGUACAGAGCUAUUUUUAAAAGAAGUUUUAUCAAGUCAUGAAAUUGAUCCAUCAAUAGCUGAUCCGCCAGUAAUAAUAGAAAAUCCUCUUUAUGGAAGCCUUGUUCCAAAGUUUUUAAAUUUUGCUGCACCAGGAAUGAUGAUAUCAAUAAUAUUUUUUGUGGCAAUUGGUUUAACAGCAUUAAUAUUUGUUGUUGAAAAAAAGGAAGGUCUUUUAGAACGCAGUUGGAUUGCUGGUGUUACCACGGUUGAAAUUAUGCUUGCACAUAUUAUUGUUAAAUUUUUUAUUCAAUUUAUUCAAAUAACACUUUUACUUAUUUUUGCUGAUUACAUAUUUAAAGUUGAAAUUAAAGGCUCAAUCUUCUUAGCAGCGGCAAUAAUUUUUAUUCAAGGAAUUUGUGGAAUGAGUUACGGUCUUUUAAUAUCUUCCUUAUGUGAACAAGAAAUUCAAGUUAUGCAAGUUGCACUUGGAAGUGUUUUUCCUAUAUUACUUAGUUCAGGUAUAAUAUGGCCACUUGAAGGAAUGCCAUCAGUAAUGCUUUUUCUAAGUAAUUUUACACCAUUAACACAUCCUGUUGAAGCAAUGCGAUGCAUUGCUGCUAGAGGCUGGUCAUUUAUGCAUUUUAAGGUAUGGUUUGGUUUUGUCAAUGCUAGUGCAUGGAGUUUGGGAUUUUUUGUCAUAGCUGCUAUUAUAUUUGCUCUUAGAAAAUAA